AUGGAACGUUGGCGAGGAAAAGUAGCUGUCGUCACAGGAGCAAGCGCAGGAAUUGGAGAAGCUAUUACUAAGGAUCUUGUGGAAGCAGGAUUGACGGUCGUGGGCUUGGCCAGAAGGAAGGAAAAAAUGGAGGAAAACGCUCAAUCAAUGAACCUGAAGAAUGGAGGAAAAUUUUCAGCCCGCAAAUGCGAUGUUUCCAAAGAACAAGAUAUAUUGGAUACAUUUUCAUGGGUCAAAGAAAAUCUUGGCGGUGUUGAUGUCUUGGUUAAUAAUGCUGGAAUUGUCAGAAUGAAUAUGUUGACGAAUUCCGGUAAUUCAGAUGAUUUACGAAGUGUAUUAGAUGUGAAUGUGCUGGGACUUUGUUUUUGCACAAGAGAAGCCUUUAAUUCCAUGAAAGAACGUGAUGUUGCUGGACACAUUUUUCACAUAAAUAGUGUGGUUGGUCAUUCGAUACCAUUGGUUCCAAAUGUUCCUCCUGCCACCAACAUCUAUCCUGGUUCUAAACACUGUGUGACUGCACUUACUGAAACACUUAGACAAGAAAUGAUGUAUUUGAAGAGUAAAACUAAAAUUACUAGCAUAAGUCCAGGCGUAGUUUUGACCGAAAUUUUCGAUGGAGCUAUGAAUGAAGAAAAAAAACAAGAGUUUUUGAAAUAUAAUCCAUAUCUUAACCCAGAAGACAUUUCUCAAGCUGUCCUUUACUGCUUAAGUACACCUGAACAUGUCCAGGUACAUGAACUUACAAUUAAACCUGUCGGAGAGAAUGGUAAAAUAGAUUUAAAAUAUCAACGCUUUGUUGCUGUCGUUACCGGAGCAAAUUCCGGGAUGGGCGCAGCAAUUUCAAAGGAUCUUGCACAAUUGGGCAUGCAAGUGGUUGGUUUAGAUCUUCAGAUCCAUACUAUUCAGGAAAAUGCUCUUCAGAUAAAUAGAUCGAAUGAUGGAGCACUUUAUCCACGAAUUUGUAAUAUAAGUAAAGAAAAACAAGUAAUAGAUUCAUUUACUUGGAUUUUUGAAAAGUUUGGGGGCGUGGAUGUUCUUGUCAAUGCUGCUGGUAUUAUUAGAAAAAAUAUGCUAACGAAUGUAGGAAAUACAAAGGAUCUUUGCGAUGUAUUACAAGUCAAUGUACUUGGAUUAUGUUUUUGUACAAGAGAAGCUUUUAAAUCCAUGAAAGAGCGUGAUGUUUCUGGACACAUAAUUAUCAUUAAUAGCAUGGCAGGGCAUUCUAUUUUAUCAUUCCCAGGAAUUGCUCCAAUGACAAAUAUUUACGCUGGCUCAAAAUAUUGCCUAACUGCACUUACUGAAACUUUACGACAAGAAAUAACUUACUUGAAGAACAAAACUAAAGUUACAAGUAUUAGUCCAGGUCUGACAGCAACAAAUAUGACAAGAAAUUUCUCAUCUGAUAAAACUAAAAAUAAAAUUACAGAUCGAUUUCCUCAUUUGCUUCCAGAAGAUGUAUCGAAUUGUGUUAAAUUUUGUUUGAGUCUUCCUGAACAUGUUCAGUUACAAAUGAAUCGUUGGCUUGGCAAGGUAGCUCUGGUCACUGGUGCCAAUUCUGGUAUUGGUGCCGCGGUCUCCAAAGAUCUCGUCAAAGCCGGCAUGAAAGUUGUUGGCGUCGAUCUUCAAACAGAAAUUAUGGAGAAAAAUGCGGAGUUGCUUAAUAAAACUAAAGGCGGUGAACUUCAUCCACGUCAAUGCAACGUCACCAUGGAACCGCAAGUUCUGGAUACUUUUGCAUGGAUUAAAAAAUCUUUUGGAGGAGUUGAUGUUUUAGUUAAUAAUGCAGGAAUUAUCAGAAUGAAUAUGCUGACGAAUCCAAAAAAUACUGAUGAUUUACGUGCUGUACUAGAUGUAAAUGUUCUUGGUUUAUGCUAUUUUACCAGAGAAGCUUUUAAUUCCAUGAAAGAACGCGAUGUUAGUGGUCAUAUCAUACAUAUAAACAGUUUGACUGGACAUCAUGUUGGCGUGAACCCUGAAAUUCCACCUACACUUUGCAUGUAUCCAGCAUCUAAAUUUUGUGUAACCGCCCUGACCGAAACUCUUAGACAAGAAAUGGUAUAUUUGAAAAAUAAAACUAAAAUAACGAGUAUUAGUCCUGGAGUCGUCGACACUGGAAUAUUAAAGACUUUUGUGUCUGAAGAGUAUCGGGCCCAAUUUUUGGAGCAAAACCCACAUUUAUCACCAGAAGAUGUGUCUGAGGCGAUUUUGUUCUGUUUGGGAACAUCAGAGCACGUACAGAUUCACGAACUGACAAUUCGACCAGUGGGUGAAAAAUUCUAA